GUGCCCUCGAUGCCAAGCUAUGGCGUUGUGUUGCAACCAUUGUCGGCUGAGCGGCGCGUUUUCCUGGACAGCAUUUAGUUUCGGAGAAGAGCAUACAGAUGUGCGGACUGACGCCGCCGCAACAUCCGAGAUUGCCCACUGGAGGUCACAGCCGUUGCGUGCGAAAGUCGGAUUCGCCAUCGCUGGGUUGCGCUCAACUUUCUCGGCACUUUGCACGGGAGCAUUGCUUGUAUUUGGUCAGAUUCUCAUACCCGGCCCUGCCUGUCGUUGUCGCCGCCUUUUUCCACGUACCAAAAAGUAAUAGUGACCCUCCACCGGGCCGCAUUCUAGGUUUAUUUAUCGUUUUUGAUUUCGGCGAAUACCUGCUCUAUACCCACAAAUUUCCGACCGUCAUAUGGACCCGUCGCCUGGCCCAUAUCAUGCUGUUCGCCAGCUGCGGGCUGAAUCCGACACCAUCUCCCCGUGCCAUAUAGAUAUCGCGAUUUAUUCGUCCUGUUCCAACUUUUUUUCUUCACAUCCUCAGAUAUCCUUCUUCAUGCGCUUUGAUUUGACUAGCCGGUGUUGAUGUCGUUGCAUACGGUUUUCUGGAUAAAUUCUGCUUUCUAGGAUAUCCUUUCUCCGUAGAGGGUGGUCCAGAUAGAGGUACAUAGACUUUUAAUUAUAUGAUUUGACUUUAUUCAUUAAGUUUGGGUUUCUUAUCGCUGGAGGCAAACCAGAUGCAG